AUGUCUUUUUUUAAUGUGUAUUUCUCUGCAUUUCUUGACAGGAAGGCCUUAAAUCAUGAACUUUCUAAACUUUUCAGUGAGAUGUAGGAUAUGGAUGUUCCCCGCCUCAUGCCUGGGAGAGACUACACGAUUGAUGUUCAGGGAGAAGCAGGUCCAGCACAGCCAGGGGACAGUGCUGUCCGGGACAAUGCAGCCAGACAUCUGUUCCACAAUGUAAAUGAAGGACUCCUGAAGAGCAUAAAAACUUUUGCAACCUUUAUUUCCUUACUGGACAACUAUGAGACAUCAACUGGUGUAGCUGAAGUAGUGACUCCAGAAGAAAUAGCUGAAAACAACAGUUUUCUUGAUGCUAUCUUAGCAACAGAGGUCAUGAGGCGAGCUCAUGAAUAUCUGCUCAAAAAAAACCUAGCAAAGCCAAACCUUACCGAUUUCAAGCAUCAGCUCUAUGACAUCUGGUUCCAGCUCUACGCCAGGAAAGAAAAAGACAGACCCGAUUCUUGUGUUUUUGAGCAUGUUUUUGUUGGAGAAACAAGGCAUGGCAAAGAGAUCUUAGGUUUGCAUAACUGGGUGCAAUUCUACCUUCAGGAAAAGUGUAACCAAAUUGAUUACAAGGGAUAUGUCGCUUGGAAGAACAAAACCAGGCCUGACAAAGAUGUCCAAGUUUUAAGCAUCCAGUUCAGCUGGAAGGGCUCAGUCAAGCUGAUUGGAAGCACCUUUAUUGGUGUGAGCCCGGAGUUUGAAUUUGCCCUUUACAUCGUCAUUUUCCUGCUGUCUGAAGAAAAAGUCACCCAUGAAACAGUGAAAAUAGAUGUUGUCUGGUGCCAUGGGCACCACAUUGGAACAGCAUAUCCUGUGCUGCUCAGCACCAGUAGUGAAGACUCGUAG